CCUGGGUCAGGCCAGGGUCCAAGGGAAAACCCUUUCCCAGAAGUCUGCAGCUCCCUCGAUGACCACUGCUCACCAGUACCUGCAGACAGACGACUCUCCUGCCUUAAACUUGGGGUCUUGUGCUGGUGUCUGGGAGGACCUGGCCCCUAGGCUGCCAGCACCUGCCCUACCCACCCAGAAACGCCAACACACACUGGGCAGAGGUGGGCUGUGAGGCUGUGCCUGAAGUCUCCAGCCAGCCCUGUGUCCCUCCGGUGUCCUGACGCUCUUGCAUGAGCACCAAUGUACAGGACAUAUGUGAUCAGUCACACCACACAACCAAACUGCACCAGGCCGGUGUGCCCAGAGGCAGGGCCUGGAGUCAGGCAGCUUCUGGAAACAGUGGUCCUACCCGCUGUCCACAGACUGCCCAGGGCCUCUUGCCCACAGGUGAUAAUAGUGUAUAGCAGGCAUCUGUGGGAGUCAGCCCUUCCUCACAGGCUCCCAGGAACUGAGAAAUGGGCAAGACGUGUGACGGGUUGCUUCCUUGCAGUAGGCAUCUCCCUGCUGUGGUCUGAGUCCUAGGGUCUGAGAGGCCCCAGCUGUGGCUCUGGCUCUGCCACCAGCCAGCUGAGUGGCAGCUCCCCUGUGCUCACCUCCCUCACCUGUUCAGGGGAUAGGUAAAAAAAGUGUCCGGCUGGAGCCGGGUCAUUGCACGGUGGGUCUUCAUGGCUUUCACAAGCCCCGGCAUUUGUAGUGGCCUCCUACAGAGUUGGGACAGUUGUCCCCCUCCUUGACGACAUGAGUGCCUGGGUCUCCGCAGAGGUGGCAGUGGAUCAGCUCUGGUGUUGGCCAUCUGCUGAGCUGCCCCAGAGGAGGCGGGCACACAGGCCUCCCCGAGGGAAGGGCAUGGCAGUCUUGAGGCAGGGAGCUGGGCAUGGCCCCAGCCAGUGCCCACAGAUCAAACCUGUUCAUUGACAGUGACCGCCCCAAAUGAUACCCCACAAGCCCGCUCCUGCGUGUGGGUAGCAGGACCCGGAAGCUCAGGAGAAGCGAUUUCUCUCCAGAGGCCUCUGGCAUGGCCUCACCAGCACCCCACACGUAUCCUCUGUGCCUACGGAGAGGUCUGCGCUGUGAUCCAGCACCCUCCACCCCCCAUCCAUCUGCCUCUCCAGUGCCCUCUGGUCAGACAGGUCCCUUCCCUUCCCCAUGCCACCGAAGGGACUCCGCCGGGACCAAGCAGGAGGAUGGUGCCAGUAAGAGGUCCUAGGCCCCGGCUCAGUGCCGGGCAUGGGGGCAGCAGUGAAAAAUGCCCCCCCCCUCCAGUUGCCCACAGGAGACAGCAGAAAGCAGCGCGCCGUGGUUUGCCGGGUGUUUUUGAGCAGGAGGGGCCGCCGUGGGGCAGUGCGGCAGUUUGGGAAGCCUGGCUGGCUGACGCUGGUAGUGCAAGCGAGCCCCGGGCACGGGAGGCCCGGGCGGAAGGGAGUUGGCCCUCAGCACCGGCCCGGGCUUCCGGGGAUCCUAUGGCUGCUGCGGAAUGCUGGGCGCGGAUCCCGCGGAGAGCCCGCGGCCGGGUCCCCCCUCGGCCGCCGCAGAACGCGCUGUUCCCGGCUGCGGCUUGGGCAAGAGCGCUGGGGACGCCGUGUUCCGAUGAGAUGAGGCAAUCGUCCUCGGCCCUGCUCGACUCGCGGCGGCCUCGCGGCGGCGCCAAGGAACAUUUAUAUAACCGCAGCCCCAGUGCAAGCCCGCGCCUGCGUGCCUCGCCGCUGCUGCACCCCCUCCACCUGUGCACACCAAGCACUCUGCGCCCCGCCCUGCGCGCCGGUGAGCGGCCCUUCGCCUGCAGCUGGCAGGACUGUAACAAGAAGUUCGCCCGCUCGGACGAGCUCGCGCGGCACUACCGCACUCACACGGGUGAGAAGAAGUUCAGCUGCCCCAUCUGCGAGAAGCGCUUCAUGCGCAGCGACCACCUGACGAAGCACGCGCGGCGCCACGCCAACUUCCACCCGGGCAUGCUGCAGCGGCGCGGCGGGGGCUCGCGGACCGGCUCGCUCAGCGACUACAGCCGCUCGGAUGCCAGCAGCCCGACCAUCAGCCCGGCCAGCUCACCCUGAGCGCCGAGCGUGGCUGCAGCGCCCAGGACCCCGGACCCUGGACCCGGCGCGGCUGCGCAGCCGCCCUCCCCUCCUCUCCUCGCGUCAGCCCCUGCCCUUUCCCUUUGUACUAGGAAAGCAGAGUAACUUGGUGAAAAGUCCAUGAAAAAACACUCUUCUUCACCUCAGGUGUCAAUGUCAGUUUGUUUAAAAAAAUGAUUUUUCAAAAAAACAAAAAAACGCCAUCCACAGAUUGCACAAAUCGUGAUCCCACGAAGCUGAGAUUCAGUGGUGUUGAACCCUUACUCAGGGAUGGACAUGUUCCACGAGGUCACGAGGUCCCCUUCCUGCCGCCUUACUCUGUACUUAGAUUUGCACUCUGGAGUUUUCCACCAGGCUCGGGAACGCGGGGGAUGGAGUGGGCUGACCGGCGUCCUGUCCUGGGCCAGUCAAAGGCUGUGGGAGCAGACGUGGUCACGGACGCUAGUGGCGAGGCCUGGUCUCCUUCCAGCCCACCACCAGGCCUCCGUCCUCACCCGUGGGCCUGGCCUGGGACACACGGGCCACCGUAGAGGGAUGGAUGCCUUAAGCCGCGCCUCCGCCUGGGAGCCGUGGAGAGGCCGCGUCGCCUGUCUGCUCCUGCCGCCUCACUCCCCUCUCCACGCGUCCUCUCCCCAGGCCUCGGGAACUGGAAACAGACCGAUGCGCCCUAAGACCUCGAGAGACAAGGCCUGGGCGCCACCCCCCAGGCCCCGCUACCCUGCAGAUGGCACACGGGGACCCCACACUGCUGUUUUAUGCUUUCCGACUGGAAAGUCCGGCCUGGGGAUUCUGGCCUUGGAAAAGAUUUCGGAGAGUGGUGUGGGUGUGCCCACUCCCUGAUCUCUCCUGCUGGCCUGGCUGUGGACACCCCUCUGUUUGAAGUCCUGAGCAAGCCCGUGAUGCCGCCUGGUCAGUCCGACAGCACCGCACAGACCGCUGGUGGCAGGAGACCAGAGCUUGUGACCUGUCCCUCUGCAGGAGCUGCACCACACCGUUGUGGGGAGUGCUGUGGAGAGUGUGAGUUCUGUUUCCUCCCCGGGGAACUCCAGCCAUGGAGAAUACUUUUCUCAGACCUCAGUGUGCCCGGUGCAGGCUUAGCAAACCUCCAGCUUCUUGCUGUCGCCUGGAUUGCUCCUCCCUGUUCCUCUGGCUGCUUCACACCUUGCCUGGCAGCACCUCUCCUGGUAGGAGAGGAGAAGCGGACAGCUGGAGAGCAGGUCGCCCCAGGGCAGGGAGGCUACACUCCAGUGAGCUCUGCAGACCCCUGGAGUGUCCACCCUAGCUCUGCAAGACCCGGGCACCGCCUUCCAUUCCUCCUGAGAGUCAGGGCCUGCAAAUGCAAGGCUGCGGAACAGUGUGUGCGUGUGUGUGUGUGUGUGCGUGCACGUGUGUGUGUGCGUGUGUGUGUGCGCGCACACAUGUGUUACAGGGAAGGACUGGGUGUCUUGCAGAGACUUCUCACUUUGCUGAGGAAGAAUGACCCUGGGGACUCAGGGCCUCGCAUGGGCUUCUGGGUCCAGAGUGCCUUGGUUGUAGCCAUGCCACUUCCACCCCACCCCUCACAUGGUGUGGGGUGCUGCACAGAGAAACCUGGGGGCCCACGCUCAGCCAGGGUUGGUGGCCCUGGCUGCCGUGUGGAGCCAGCUCCAGAAGACGGGUGCCAUCCAUCUGCAGCAGCUGCACAGUUGGCAGUGUGCCCUCUGGUGCUGUGGGUGCCCAUUGUGCUCGACUGUGCAGCUGGGAGUGGCGAAUGGCAUGUUGUGGCUUCUGCUUCUAGAGUGGUGGGUACUGAGCUAGGCUGUGGCGUUGGUCUGCUGUGGGUGGGGAUGGGUGGGCAGGGCUGUCUGGUUGGAUGCAGAGCUGGCCGUCCUGGUGCUUUGGGGCCCCGGUGGCAGCCCAGCUUGCUUUUGGUGCGGGAGAGGGAGGAGAUUAUGUGGUAGGGAUCUUGAUGAAGAGAGAGAGCCCUGGGUGCUUGGGGUAUGACGAUCUUCAUGCCCAGUUGGUUCCAAAGUGAGGUCCCUCCCAAAGCUGUUUCUGUGUGAGGCGGAGAAAGCCACCCUCUGAACACAUUUCAUGUCUCAGGAAUUCACAUUCCAGGUUCAGGAAUUUUAUUCCAAAGUCCUUUGGUGCCCCCAUAUCUAUGAUUGUGAAGGCAGAAGAGGGAGAAUGUGUCUCCCUACAGGAGGAGCCGGGCAUCUCCUUGUGAUCUGCCCAGUGUCACAGGAGGAGGUUUUCAAAUUCCAUAUCUGUCUCCACACGGGAAGAGGGGAAAAAGGACUCUAAACCCAGUCAUCUUGGAAUAAAAGAAAGAGCUGGUUUGUUUUAGAGUGGGGUGGGGUGGGGGAGGGGAAGUGGGCAUAGGCUGUUUCCAAAGAGAGCACUUAAUUUAAUUUUUCCUCUGAACGACCCAGGGCUGUUCCGUCUGAUAGAUGGAAGGGUAACAUUGCCUUAAAACAGAAAUAUGCAGGCAUUGGCUAUUUUUGGCAGAUGAGUGUGUCUUCACUCCCAAAGUGGUUCUCCUUAAUGGCAGGGUGUGGUCCUUCAGCCUCAGCCUGGCCUGGGAAAUGGGGACAGGGUACCUGGAGGGAGUCCUCUGGGCAUCUGGCUGGACCCUCCUGAGCCAUCUGGGGUUUAAAUUCAUCUCAUCUCGGGGGCCGGGGGGACUGUUCAGAAGGUUUCUCAUGAGCCGGUUUCCAUCUCAUCUUGACACAGGGUUGCCUUCUGAGUGUCGUGUCUUCCCAGCCUGGGUCUGUUUCAGGGCCUUUGUGUGAUUUAUGAGUAGGCUUGCUGCUUUCAGUGGGGUUAAGGAACUGAAGGGGCUCCUAGAAAUCAGUGAAAAAAAUCAAACCUUUAUUUGGGGGCAGGCUUCAAUUCUUAAGGGGCCACAGAGGCAGAGGAGGCAGAAAUCUCCAAAUGAAGGGUGCCUAAGUGGAGGAAGAGAUUCCCUACGAAGAUCUCAGAGCGAUUCUGGAUCAGCUGGUGUCCUGGACAGGAAAACCCUUCCUGGUGUCAGCCAUAUCAGGGGAACAGUUGUCAGCUCCCCGAAUGCCUCCUGAGUCCUACAGCCAUACAGACACGCAGAUGGACACAGCCCCUGCCACGGGGGGGGGGGGUGUCCUCUCGAUGGGUGCUAUGUAGUGAUGGGCGAGGUGCCCUUGCUGGGAGCAUGGUGUCCUGGAGGUGCCCUAACUGCACCCUGCCACAUCCCCACCCAUGAGACUUGAGGUACAAGAUCCCCAUCCCACCCUCGAAUUUAUUAGCCCCUGCAUAGGGGCAGGUGUGGGACUUGCCACGGUGUAGUCUCCAGGUGCAGACAUCUACACACUGGUGACUCCAGACCUCCCUGUGCCCGGGCAGUGGCCCAGACCAGUGACGGCAGUGAGGGUGGGACACACAGACAGGGCUGGUGGCUGGUUGGGGUCCGAAGUAAGGCGUGGCAGUGCCCCAGGCCCAGUGUGUCCAGAAGACCCAGCCUCUUUCUUGUGAGAAGGUGCUAAGAUGGACUGCACAGGGCCAUUGCACUUCCGGGGACCUUGUGCAGGACCUCUGCUGGGCAGCAUGUGCCCGCCAGGAAGAAAGGAUCUGAGCACUAGCGUGGCCUCGUUCCUCAGCUCCUGGCUGUGGCUUUGUUUACAAGGCAACCUGAUUAUUUUGACUUCUGACAGGUGUCACUGAAUUUUUUUAACCCAUUUUUAAAAGGUCAUUCAGUCAGAGGCACAGGGCUGGAAGGUUUUAAGGCUUGAAGUGUUGGUCACAGCACGAUCGGUGAGAAGUGCUUUGUUGGUCACCCACACCUUUCGCUGCCCAGUUUUUCCGCAUGUGACUCUUGGUGACCCUAUCUUUCAAAGCUGGAAUCCAGACAUGGGCUGCAGGGUUUUGAAAUCAGGAUGGCACAGGAAGGUCCAGAUCCUCUGACUAACUUUCCUAAUUCGGGAGCUUUCCAGGGUUGGUCCUGGACACAUUCCAGAGAAUUUUGUACCCGAAUUUAGAUGCACAAUCCAGCUUCCUACUGAGUAACGCCUGAGCGCCACUGGGGCAGGGGCCUCCCUCCUGCCGGCUAGCCUGGCCCUUGUCACUCAGAAGAGUGGACUUGCGCGUUCCCGGGGUCCACGGGAAGGGAGGCCACCCUUGGUGUCUGCUGACCCCUGCUGAGCUGCCAGACUUGGUGUGCAGCUACCCGGUCCUGCCCAGCCUCUCCUGUUCUCACUCAGCUUUAAAACUUUACUACUUUAUUUAAAAACAAAGAGGAGAGAAGCAGCCUCCCCUGCCCUGAUUGUGCAUUGGAGGUGCUCGUGUGCAGCUCCUUGGGGCUUUGGGGCCCUGGUCCUCCCGAUGUCUUCCUAGGGCACUUGUGGACAGGCUGCUGUGCACGGCUUUGGAAGCCUCAUGUGUGAGCUGAAUGUCUCCGAGGAGGCCACCGCGGGUCAGGUGGUCCAUCCCAGAGCCCACAGCCUGUUCUUGGAGGAUUCCUCCCUAGGGAUUGCCAGACACCCCAAGGAGAAGGGACCACUUUCCAGCGUGGCUCAGACACCAAGGGGUGUCAUGACCCCGGGGCUGCUCCUGCUUGCCUCUGAGCGUGUGAACGGGAGACUGUUUCCCGCCUCACCUGUUGAGGCCGCAGGUGCCCAGUGCUGGGGAGCACAUCGGUGUCAGCAUCGGGCUCUGCUGGGUGACGGCAUGGUCCGGUUCAGGGCUUGCGCAGCUCUGGGGUUUUGCAGUUGUGGUUGUGUUUGUUAUACCCAGGCAACCCCUUCCCAUCCAAAACCAUUGAUGGAGCUUCUCUGGAAUCCUUUGCCAAAAUCCCAAGGCAGAAUCCUAGGGUCCAAGACCAUUUCCAUCAAGUUCAUGUUUUCCUUUGCUGUAGGAACUUCUUUCUUUUCUUUUUAACCAGCUCCCCACCAUGCUUCCAAUGGCCACAUUUCAUCUUCCCUGGAUCACUGCAGUGAAGUAUUACAGUUGUACAGUUCCCAAUCUGGCCUUGGCUUGCUGAAAGAAAACUUUGUAUGUAUUUUGUAAGGCAUAGAUUCUAUAUUGUAAUGAUGUCCUAUGCAAAAAGAAAAAAAUUAACGGAAUUGUAAAUUUUAUUGUUUUAACAUGUAUGCAUGUUUAGUGACGUUUACAUUUUGAAAUAAAGUUUAUGAUUCAUUA